AUGGCAGACGAGGUGGGAAAAGAGCACCCGACUGAGAUGCCCAUAGAACACGUUGAAGAGGUCCGCAGACGAGGAGAGAAACUGAGCAGCGAGAAUGAGGACAUUGCUGAGAAGGGUGCUACCGAACACGUCGAUUUGAACAAGAACACCUCGGCCAAAAUCAAGAAUCCUCUUGCAGACCUGACUGAGGCUCAGGUGCUCCGCGACGUCGAGGAGUUUGCCCGCGAACAUGACCUGACCGAUCUCCUUCCAAAUCUACGCAAAGGGGCCCUGAUCGCUCGGGAUUCGGAGAAUUAUAGAUCUGUCCCUGGAAUCACCCCUCAGGAUAUCCGUGCUAUCCAGGACGAAACCGACCACAAAUGGCGUCAGCCUCGUGCACUCUACUUUACCAUCAUUCUCUGCUCCAUAGGAGCUGCCGUUCAGGGCUGGGACCAAACGGGGAGCAAUGUGUCCCUAGGUGCUAACCUAAGCAUGCCUUCUGCUCUGGGUAUCCCCACGAAGGAUAACCCAAACGCCACACUGAACCAGUGGCUCAUUGGCAUUAUCAAUGCCGGCCCUUACAUUGGUAGCGCUCUUCUUGGUUGCUGGUUGUCCGAUCCUUGCAACUACUAUCUUGGUCGCCGCGGUGCAAUCUUCGUUUCCUCUGUUUUCUGUCUAAUCACGCCGUUCGGUCAGGCUCUCAGCCAGACCUGGCCGCAACUCUUCGUUACCCGUGCUCUUCUUGGUAUCGGAAUGGGCCUUAAGGCAUCGACUAUUCCAAUAUUUUGCGCCGAGAACACCCCCGCCACUGUACGCGGUGGCUUGGUUAUGUGCUGGCAGCUAUGGACCGCGUUCGGGAUUUUCCUCGGGACGACCGCGAAUUUGAUUGUCAAGGACAUGGGUGACCUGGCCUGGCGUAUGCAAGUUGGAUCUGCUUUUAUACCUGCCAUUCCCCUUGUUGUCGGUGUCUACAUGUGUCCCGAGUCUCCCCGAUGGUAUAUCAAGAAGGGAAAGCUCCGCGCAGCGUACGAGUCUCUCUGCCGUCUCCGCAACACGACCCUCCAAGCCGCCCGGGAUCUCUACUACAUACACGCUCAGAUCAAGAUUGAGCAGGAGAUCUCCGGCGAGGGAUCUUAUAUUUCCCGCUUUGCUGAGCUGUUCACAAUCCCCCGUGUCCGCCGUGCCACUCUUGCGUCGUUCACCGUCAUGAUUGCCCAGCAGAUGUGCGGAAUUAACAUCGUUUCUUUCUAUUCGUCUACCGUCUUCAGUGAAGCUGGCGCAUCCGACACUGCGGCUCUCUGGGCCUCUUGGGGGUUUGGCUUAGUGAACUUCCUGUUUGCCUUUCCUGCUGUAUGGACAAUCGACACUUUUGGUCGCCGCAGCUUGCUACUCUUCACCUUCCCUCAAAUGGCCUGGACCCUGCUUGCUUGUGGAUUCUCUUUCUACAUUGACCAAGAGUCAAAGGCCCACCUUGCAUUAAUUGCUCUUUUUAUCUUCUUGUUCGCCGCGUUCUACAGUCCCGGAGAAGGCCCAGUCCCGUUUACCUACUCGGCGGAGAUCUUCCCUCUCUCCCAUCGUGAGGUGGGAAUGGCUUGGGCCGUUGCGAUUUGCCUCGGCUGGGCAGCCGUUCUGAGCAUCACCUUCCCCCGGAUGCUUGCUGCGCUUACACCUCAGGGUGCCUUCGGAUUCUAUGCCGGCCUCAACAUCAUCGCCCUUUUCAUGAUCUUCCUCUGGGUCCCCGAAACAAAACAGCGCACCCUCGAAGAGUUGGACUACAUCUUCGCCGUUCCUACUCGCACUCACAUGCGCUACCAGCUUUUCCAGGUUCUGCCUUGGUGGAUCAAGCGCUACAUUUUCCGCAAGAACGUCCGUCUCGAACCACUCUACAGAUUUGACCACGUCCAGGAGGCUAUCUGA